AUGUUAGCAUUUUCGGAAUUUGAAUUUAUUGUAAAAUAUUUCUUCAUUGUGCUCUCAGCACUUAUUUUAAUUGGUCUCAUUAAUGGACUUGUACUUCUGCCAGUACUUUUAUCACUAAUUGGACCACCAUGUGAAAUUCGUUUAUUCGAUGAAAAAACUUAUUUACCAGUACCAGCCUCACUCUGUAAACAACAAAAUUGCGGUUCAAAUGACAAGAAAACCGAUGAUUUGGUGAAGAGACGUGUUGGUGGUGCAUUUGUUGAAAUGCAGGUAAACGGGCAUAUAGAAACAGGCACUGAAAAUAAAUAUAUCCAACAUAAUUCGUUAUCAGCAAUUACCGAAGAUUCUUUACAUAAUAACCGUUUCUACUGGAAUUCAUCAUCGUUAGGUAACAAGAAUGCAGCAAAAAUAAAUAUUCCCACUUCAACCGUACCAAUUGAUCAAAAUCAUCAAAUUAAUAUUAAAAAUACAUCUGGUAAAAUUCCAGUUGGACCGCAACAUUCAACUUCACCACUUCUUUCGUCAAAUGCUACCUCGAGCAGUAAUUUUUUGAAGCGAAAUAACGAUAGCACCAAUAAGCUAUUCAAAUUUUCAUCAAAUGCACUUAGGUUUUAA